UGUAAUAAUAAUAAAUAUUACAUGAUGACUAUUGAUUCAGCCCUGUAUAUAUAGAAGGAGGCACAUCUGGCAAUCGGCAGAAAACAGAUAUCAACGGCGAAUUUUUCAGUUCUCACAUUGUUCUGAGCACCAGUGGAGAGGAUGAAGUGUACUGUGGUCUUCCUUGUGUUGUCCAUGGUUGUCCUCAUGGCUGAACCUGGAGAGUGUAUUCUGGGAAUGCUUUUCCAUGGAGCUGUUCAUGUUGGCAAGUUGAUCCAUGGACUUAUCCAUGGGGGCAAGUACAACGAGAAGCAAGAUCAGUUGGAACAGCUGGACAAACGUUCAGUCGAUUACAACCCAGGGCGACCUGGUUUCGACUAAAGAGGCCACGCUUAAGAAUUUUUUGAAUGACAAGAAAUGCUUCUUGCUUUUAAGCCCAAGAAAAUAAGUACUGACCUAGAAGGGCAACCAUCACUGAAAAUAUAUUUCUGCUUUCACCUAUUGUUUUUGGAACAUUUGAAAUAAUUUUGGAAAAUGGAGACAUCUUGAAAUAAAUCAGCAUUAUGACAUGUCAAAA